CUACAUUGUUGUAAUGAAGGGAGACGGUGACGUGAUAUAACAGCUUCUGUCUUGUUCCCGUACUCCGGCUGUAAUGAAAUUGACUCAAGGGGUCCUCCUGAUUUGUCUUCUAAACUCGCUGGAUGAAAGAGAGGAAUUAUUUUUGUCAUCUCCGUUGAACUGAAGUGACAUAUUCAUGAAUAUACGGACAACAAGAAAAUGUUAGUUACCCAGAUAUUCGCUUGGCCCGCCAUCUUGCGUGACCGCAGUUCUCAGGGCGUGGGUAACCUGUGCAAGCAACAAGUUAUUGUUGCUCCCAGUUCCUCCAAGGCGCUAAAGGGAGGAAGUAAGCAAUGAUGCCGGAUCUUACAGAUCAUGGAGGUUCGCGUUUUGUUUGAGGGAACUCUGGACAAAUGCACUUAUGAACAUGGAAAAAAGGAUUGGAAGCGGCGUCAUUUUGUAUUCAAGCACAUAUUGGCCAGUAACAUCAGAAGUUUGGAAUUGUAUGCGGCUGGAACAAAGAACUGGCGAAAGACAGAGCCGAAGGGAGUUCUAGCUCUUUAUCCAGGCUAUGAAAUCCUAAAAAUCCAUGAACCAAAGCGUCCAUUUGCGUUUGAAAUCAAAACAGUCGAUCAUGCAUAUCGCUUGGCAGCUCACUCAGAAGAUGAACUUAAUCAGUGGAUUCUCAUUUUGGAGAGGGAGAGUAUUGUCAACUCAUUCUGUGUUGAACCUGAAAUAAACGACCAAAUGGCAAAGCUAGGAGCAGUGGAUAUAUGUCACCUUCAUAUAGCAAAUAGUGAACUGCGACUUCUGUGUGCAAAGGAUGGAAGGCUGCUUGUAGCGUGGCCUUUCACAUGUCUACGGCGGUACAUGAGUACUCGAGGCAAGUUCACGGUUGAAGCUGGUCGAAGAGCUCCUACAGGAGAAGGGAAGUUCACAUUCCUCACCCCUCAACAUGAUGAGAUUUACAAGCUUUUGGAUAAAGUGGUCAAGUCUAGAGCAGGUCAGAUACAGAGCACAGCAUCUUCCCAUGAAAGCUUAAGAAAGACACAAUCUGUUCCCAUUGCUGCUGCAUCUGUCAGUAAGGAUGACUCACAAAAUGGUUAUGAUCAUUUAGUAUCUAGUGCAUCAGUAUCUUCGUCAACUGCAGAUGAUCAGCUCUCACCAGGAAUGACAAAUUCGAUGAAAAACACCUAUUCAGCUCCAUAUGGACAUCUACCAUCCCGGGAUGUCACACAAACAGGCACACCACUCGCAAGUCAGGGUCUACCUCAAAUUCUGCCAGGAGGCAGAUUGUCAGCAGAAUCUAAAGUGGGUGGUCAAUAUGACACUUUGACUCAACCAGUGCAGGAUGCCUUGAAUCAGCCAGUACAGGGGAAACAAGGAGUUGGCGAGGAUGGGUACAAUACCCUUAAUCAACAUGUGCUGUCAGCUCAAGAAUAUAAUGUCCUUAACCGUGGCCCUAAACUGCAAGCGACCUUGCGACAGCCAGAGACAGAGGAUGUUUAUAAUGUGAUCGGUGAGACACUGCAUCCUGUUGGUAUACCUGAUGGUUAUCAGGUAAAUGAAGAUGGCUACCAUACCCUGUCCACUUCACGAAGUAAUGCAUCAGCUCCUGAGGAAACCUACAAUACACUGGAUCAUGGCUCUCCAGCAAGGUCUACGCACAAGGCUUCCCAUCGUCCAGGAAACACGGAAUCUCAAGGAUCUGUCACGCCUGUACCAAAACCAACAGCUAGAAGGCUCUUUGGGCCAAACGAUAAACAUUCGUCAUCAGUAGCUGAAGUUGAUGAUAUACAAAGUAAAGCAAAACCUCCCCCACCACCUGCAAGGAAAAAACCUGAACAUGCAAUGCUUCAGAAAUCCCAGUCAGUAGAUGAAGGCAGUGAAUUGUAUCACUCACUGGAAAUGUCAAAAGCAAGACCACCAGCUCCCAAUAGAAGGACAUCUGAGCAGUUGAGAAAACUUCAAAAAUCCCAGUCACUCAUGGUUGAUGAAAAUGAUGAUAUGUACAACACACUAGAUACAUGUACAUCUAAAGUAACACAUUCCCCAGUACAACCAAGGAAGAUACAUGGUCAUAUUAACAAACAAACAUCUGUGGACAGUGAAAAAAUGUACAAUUCACUUGAUGCCACAAGGGUGAGUACACCUCCAAUUCCAGCAUGGCAAAAACAUUCCUCAUCAAGUAAUGAAGGUGAUGACAUGUACAAUACCCUUGGAACUAAACGAGUCGGACCUACACUUCAUAAUGAAAAGGAGGACGAUUUAAUGGCUUCCCAUCUGCCUAGAAAUGAUGACGACAUGUACAAUACACUUGAUAAAUCAAGAACUCAACAUUCAUUAUCUGUACCGGUUCCUGCGCAAAGAUCCUUUUUAAGCCAUGGGGGCACCAGCUCCCCUCUCAGCAGCCCUUGCAAUAGAGAUUCCCCAGAGUUAAAGAGAAGCUCUACAUCCACCAUGCAGUCAGUCCGCUGCCCUUUACAUGUAGAUACUUCACCAUCGCUGGCAAAGACCAACCGACAGGCAUCUUCCUUGGAUAACCUUGAUUCUUAUGCCAGCACAGAUGCUUCAUCAACCCUGGAAAUGACUCAUCAACAGUCAACUUCUUUUGAUGACCUUGAUUCUUAUGCUAGAAUUGAUUAUGUAACUUUGUCACCAGCAAAAGGUGCAGUCAAGCAGCCACCAAUCCCAAAGCAAAGAUCAAGUCCUUCUAAAGAGAGAAAAACCAGUGCACCUGACAUCCUCUCAUUAGCAGGGUAUCACGGUGGCAAGGAAUUUAAGAAGCCAGGAAAGAGUGGGCUUGUGUCAAAUUUAAAGGCUUCCCUAGAAGCUGGAGGUUUAGAUCUGACAAAACUGCCAAGAAAACCUAAAAAGCUGUCCAGGGAGGGAAGUGAAGAAUUGCCUACAUAUGCCGAAGUUGAUGAACGAGGUGCCAGUCACACUAUCGCAGAUGAUGUCUUUGUUGCAGUGACUCCACCCACAAGACCUGCAAGGUCACAAUCAUCUCCGUCUGACGCCAAGCCAGGGGAUGACAUUUAUGCUGAAUUAGAUCAGACAGCACAGGUCAGACCCAAGUCUCUGCAAAUCACCAAAGCCAAGAAAAAUACUAAGAAAUAAUUAUACGUUAACUUAAUAUGUUAUUGUCAUUCAAGCUGGCUUCCUUCAGGCAUGCACCUAUCGAUGGCCAAUUCCCUCUCUGAGACACACCUGCAGAGAAUCGUGGUAGUUGUAUUUGGCAUCUGGGACUGGAUUUGAUUUAUUUUCAUUGAUGAAUACAACUACCAUGAUUCUCUGCAGGCGCAUGUCAUAGCGGGAAUUGGCCAUUGAUUAUGUUAAUAAAAUGUAAUGAUACCUGAGAAAACUUUGGUUGCAGGCCUCAGUUUCUCAUUUCCUCUGUCAGUAGACUAGUUUCAGGAAAAGAAAAUUUGAUUCAACAAUCAAAAUCCACUUGUCCUAAAAGUAAAAGCAAUGCAGAUAAAUUGAAGCAUUUAUUUGAAUGGUUAAUAUUCAUUCUCAUUUUGUUAGUUUUAUAGCUUUUGUGAUGUCCAAGAUUAGAUCAUAUUUCUGGUUAGCUUUCAUGUAAUAGAGGCUACUUCACAAAUAAUCAUUUGACAAGAGUAAAAAAUAAUAUAAAAGUAUAUGUAGCAGUAAAUUUGUAUAUUUUAAGUGAUUUAUUUCUAUUGUAGGUAGUUUUAAGACCACAUUCAAACUGAAGAGAAAUUACUAAUAUUUGGGUUUUUUAAAACAGAAAAAAGAUGAAGUAUACUCUUCUCUUUCAAAGUAGUACGCUCUUACUUGGUGUUGAAGACACAGAUGAAGUAAAACAAUAGACAACAAAAGGACAAAAAACACGAGGAAUACAAUGAAAACAAUAGGUUUGUGAGGCAGUGUUGUAUUGUAACGUGUAGUGUAUCUUUUACACCAUGAAACCCUACUAAAGGUUUGGUCUCACUUUUUACCAGCAAUACUUAUAUCAGUUAUGUUAAAUGAAUAUGUCCAACAGUGAAGUGCAAACAGCAUUGUGUUAUUACAUUAUUUUGAUAGUUCAAAUUAUAUUAAUUUUAUCAGUCAGCAAACAGACGUGUUUAUUGUUAAAAUAGAAGGGAGAUAUUUUUGUGACAGUAGUUUAAGUCUUUUACAUGGCAAACAUUACAUAUCAAAAGUCAAUUACAUUGUUUAGAAUUGCUUAUUAAGUAUAUUCACAUAACAAAGGAAGAAAACUGAGUCGCCAGAUCACAGGAAGAUUAUAACUGGGCGGUUUAACAGACAUGUACACAGUAUUCAAAUUGAUAAAUAAUUCCACGACAGAUUAUUUAUCUGUCAGAAGUCAACAAUAGUCAUCCCACUUUAAUUGUUUUGAUCUAUUGGAUAUGUAGCCUUUUUUCAAUAAUACCGAGGGUAGGCAUCGAUUUACUGGGGAAUUUAUGUUAGAUUUUAAUUAAAUGGCACAGCUCUUCAGUGCAACAUAAUUUUAUGUUAUAUUAUUACACAUUAGAAAACAGUCCUAAGAAAAUACGAGCACUGAUUGGUUAAAAAUUGUGUUUCUAUAACUCAGUAGAAACAC